AUGCCAAAACUUAAAAGAAAAAUUAAAUUAUGUAAAGAACUUGCAGCUGCUAAGAAAACCAAAACAUCAAAUAAAAAUAAUUUAGUAAAUAUUGAAGCUUUCAAUAAUGAUAGUGAUGUAGAGAAUUUAGGUGUUGAGGAAUUAUCAAAUAAUGUGGUUAAAGGAGAUUCAAGUAAUGAAGUUGGAGGAUAUUUAGAAAUUGAAAUUGAUGAGGAUUUUGAGUGGUUUGAUAAUGAAAUUGAAAAAAAUGCUGAGUCCCUUUAUGAUGUUUUGUCAAAUAAUAUAGAAAAUAAAGAUGCUGAAAAAAAUGGACAAACAUUAGAUAGUUUCUUUUCUUUUAAUAAUACAGUUGAUGAUGAAGUUAAUCAUGAAAAGGAAAAUUACUCAAGCUUAGCUAUAAACAAAAUUGAAUUAAAAUUAAGUGCAGAAAAUUUAGACAAUUGUGAAGAUUUGGAAUAUUUACAAUGA